AUGACUACUCAUUCAAUUGUCUCGUCCUCCCUCGGAUCCAAAUCUUGUGGCCCACCCGAGCCGCCUAAGAAGCAACUUCUUGACCACGAUAACCUAAAUCGUAUCUACAAUUUGUCGGGAAAUACCAAUUUUAUGGUUCUCAAUACUUCUUGUGCUGGUUGUGGUGCAAAACUGCACUGUGGGACCCCUGGAACGCACGGUUUCCUUCCAGAACGUGAGAUAAUUAAACUGAAGAGCAGUAGACAGCCCCGUCUCAGUCGUAAACAUGCCGCUCCAUUGCCGGUUGUGUGCUUGCGUUGUCAGCUGGUGGCUCAAUACGAGACGGCACUCAAAGAGUCCCUGCCUUCGGAGGAGUACGAGAAACAGGUAAUUACUGAGCUGAACAAUCAAGCGGAUUCAACUAUCCUUUUGGUCGCUGAUAUGACAAACCUCCCACAUUCCAUUGUCCCUUUAUGUCUUGCCAACCCUUCUGGCCAUAGAAUCGUCUUAAUCGGCAACAAGGUGGACCAAUUGCCGAUUGAUGGUCCCAAGUUCCACUCCCGUUGGUGUGAAGUCCUCCUAAACGCAUUUACGGGAGUAUCCGGUCUACAAAAAGAUAACGUCUCUCAUAUCGCCUUGAUUAGUGCGCUUACCGGAUAUGGGGUGCAGAAACUCCUAGAUUUUCUGCUCUCUAAAAAGUUCAACGUUUUUGUGAAAGAAAGUCCUGUGUAUAUUGUUGGCUCCACAAAUGCCGGAAAGUCAAGCCUCUUCAAUCGCUUGCUGCUCUCAGAUUUUUGCAAAUCGGAUGCACGGGAGUCGAUACAUCGUGCUACCAUCUCUCUUUGGCCAGGCACUACGGCUGGUUUGCUAAAGUUUCCCAUUGCUCGCAUGUCCUACGUCAAACGGGCACUUCGGGGUCAAGCAAAGUACACAGAAGAACACAACAUCAAACAGUCAACUGAGCCAAAAAACAGAGAACUUUAUGGAUACAUGAUUGUGAGAGAGGAUGAAGCCGUCGCUUCACUGACGCCUUCCAACAUCAACGCGCAGGUGGAGCGAGUGAGGAACGUUCUGCAAGACCUUUCAGCCAAACCCACUUACCACUACCGACGUGACUCCUCGGGGGUCGACGUCUUUGAGGAGUGCGAUAUGGGUCUUCGAAGUCUCUUCCAGGAGGAGCUAGGCGUUGAAGCGACGCUCGAGACAAAUCAGGACACUGGCAAUCGUCUUCUCAUCAGCGGAACCAUUGAUCCCAGGCACUUCAACCCACGAGCGUGGUGUUAUGACACACCGGGACUAAAAAGUUAUGAACAAAGCCUCAAUUUCCUGUCCAGUGAUCAACUGAUGGAGUACGUAUCACUGAUUAGCGGCCGAAAAAGUGACUUUCACCGACCCGAACGCCGAUUUUUGCUUCCGAGGACGUUUGUUCUCCGACCUGGUCUCAGUAUGCUUCUCGGACGGCUUGGCAGAUUGGAUGUUCUUGCGUCGAAAGGUUCAGUCUACUUAACGACUCAGACACGCCUCCCGGUGCACAUCGUAAAAACCAGUGAUGUGGAUACCUAUUGGGAUGAAUACGCCAACUUUCUCGGCCCUGGUGGCAGCUCCGGCGGGGUUGACACCUCUGAAGGUCAUGCCAUACCCCCCAUGACUCCUGUUGUUCUCAAAACCAUUCAGCCAGUUGAUCUAGAGCAGUCCGUGGCCGAUGUUGUCCUCUCUGGUGCAGGUUGGGUGUCGGUUUCCGGUGUGAAAGGAGAGACUGCGCAAAAAACCGAUGAUGAGGAGGGAGAGGAGACUGAGGAAGAUUAUGGGAUCAGCCUAAGAGCCUGGACACCCGGAGGCGUGGGUAUAAAUGUGCGACAGCCGCCACUGCUGCCGUAUGCAAUUCGGAGACGAGGGGAACGCCUCCUCUACCUGCGUGAGUACUCUGGCCUUUCCUCGAACGCUUCGUUCGCACAGUUUUCGCCCUCCUGA